UCAAAAAGCGUGGCGCGAGAGUGUGGCCCGUAGCCUGUGGCGUGAGCAGUGCGCGAGGUUCGGCGGUCGACGAAAAGCAGCUUCCUCGCUGGGCGUCUGGCCCAUAGGAGCUAUCGCCGACCGCGCCAAUACGCCACACCUGAAGCAACACUGUCGCCCGCUUGGAGGUUAACUCGCCCCGCUCUUCCGCUGGGCACUGGUCCAGGAGGGCAGGCGGUCCGUAACUGGGGCACUCGAGCGUUCGGGUGAGCGGCCACAGGGCUACCCCGCCAGCUGUGGACGCGACCCGGUGACUGCGGCUGGCUACCUGAGCCCCGCAAGGCAGUCCGACCCGGCCGUCCAACCCGGCUGUCCGACCCAGCCGACCGUCCCGGCCGUCCAACCCGGCUGUCCGACCCAGCCGACCGUCCCGGCCGUCCUACACGGCUGUCCGACCUGCCGGCCGACACUGUUGUCCGACCCCGCUGGUCACGGCUGUCCGACCCGCCGGCCGACACUGUUGUCCGACCCCGCUGGCCGGCAUCGGUUCAACGAGGUCUCAGACACGGCGACACACGCUUCCGCCGGAACUGUAGGCCAAUCGUAAUCCACCGAUACAUAUAGUGCAUGUCGCCUAUGAGGCAUUUUGGGACAUUGUCACGUGUGUGUGCCGUUAUCUGUGUCGUGUACGUCAAUACCAGUCUGAUGUGUGUUUUUGCUUCCGCGUGCUGCUUCUCCCUUUUUCUGGAGUGAUCCGGCCCAAUAACAUCACAAACUGGCGAGCCUGCCAGGAUUCACUCGUCAAUACAGUGAAAGGGGGCAGUGUCGCUUGAGCGCAGACACACAUUAGUAGACGGCACCAUGGAUUUAGAGAAAAUCACGGCUAUAGGUCUCCAAAUAGGAUUGUCAGGCACAGAACUUCGCAGAUGGAUUGAGGCCGAACAGGCAAAACAAAGGGACGAGAGAGCUGCGGAGCGAGAGGCAAUCAAGGAAGCUUACGAGAGGCAGCGCGAGAUCCUCCAGCUAAAGCUGCAGCUUCAGGAAGGAGCUCGUAAUAUGCCGGCAGCGGCUUCUGAAAUUCUGACUGCGCCCAGUACCUCCUCGUCAUCCCUCAACCCACAGAAGUUACUUCCUUUGUUCAACGAGAAACGCGAUGACUUACACGCGUAUAUACAGCGAUUUGAGCGCGUAGCAACAGGAAAGGACUGGCCACAAGAAAAAUGGGCUCUUGCUUUGAGCAUGUGUCUGACUGGGGAAGCGUUAACUGUGAUCGGUCGGAUGACUGCCACCGAUUCAUUAGAUUACCCGAAGGUAAAGAAAGCUUUGCUACAAAGGUUUCAAUUCACGGCUCAAGGCUACCAAGAAAAGUUUCGUAAAGCACGAGCAGUAGAGGGCGAAACUGGAAGACAGUUAGCAGCAAGAAUUUCAGCCUAUUUUGACCAUUGGAUUGAGAUGGCUAAUGUGCCUAAAACAUAUGAAGGUCUACGAGAUCACAUGAUUUCUGAACAGUUUCUGCGUUGUUGUGAGCCAAAGCUAGUAAUUUUCUUGAAGGAGCGAGAGUGCAAAUCCCUUGACGAACUUGCUAGCUUGACGGAUCGCUUUCUUGAAGCGCAGAACUGGACAAACCUAGGAAAGGGUCCCGAUAACACAAAGGAUUCUGGUGGAAAAAACAUUGAAGCUCCCAGGAAACCGCAACUUAUGUGCACCCUUUGUCAUCGGUUUGGACAUUUGGCUCCUGACUGCCGCGCCCCACCUAAGCGUAUGCUGAAGUGUGAGUUGUGCGACAGAACGGGACAUACAGCUGAAAAUUGCCGAACUCGGUACGGGGACAGCAAACCAAGUUCUCCGUGUGCAUUCACCAAAUCUCGACCAGUCCGGACUCGUCCAGUGAAAGAAUCAAAGCAACCAGGAAAGAAGACUCGCCAAUCAAGUGACAGCGAGGACAAGAACCCUGGGACUGCUGUAACUUUCCUCGUCGACGGGAUGCCAGUGGUGGAAGGCCGGCUGCUGGGAAGAAGUGUUCGUGUACUACGAGACACCGGUUGUAAUACCGAAAUUGUCAAACGAGAACUCGUUCCAGAGAUGUAUAUGACGGGAAGAACGAACAACGUUGUUCUUCUGGACGGCUCAACAAGUUACCUGCCUGAAGCUGUCGUACAAGUGAACACGCCGUACUUUUCAGGCAAGUUAACAGCGACAUGUAUGGACGAGCCCCUCUACGACCUCGUUCUGGGAAAUCUUCCAGGCGUCAGAGGACCAUAUGAUCCAGACUCUGGCUGGAAACCCCCCGAUGCUCCCACCGAGGAGUCGUCGUCGAUAGGGAUGAAGCGUAAUAAGGCGCUUAGGAAGCCUCACCAUGUAUCGAGCGUGGCUGAAGCAAAAAUUGAAGAACAAGAACAAGGCAAGAUUCGUCCCUUGUGCGUUCCAACAAUUGUCUUACGUGACGUAACAAAAGACCAACUCAUUGAAGAACAGCGCAAAGACCCGACGCUGAAGCAUAGUUUCGCCAAAGUGAGCAAGUCGUUUAAUUCUGGGAAGGGGCACAGCUACGAAUUCGUCGAAGAAAAAGGAUUGCUAUAUCGCCUUUACCGCCUGGCCACUGGCAGAACCUUUAAGCAGGUGGUCAUACCAAAAGCAUUUAGAUCUGGCAUAUUAGAAGUGGCACGUGAGAGCAUCAUGGCAGGACACCAAGGUAUCAAGAGGACAACUGAUCGCGUCCUACAAGAAUUCUAUUGGCCAGAUGUACACGGAGACGUCAAACGCUUCGUGAAGUCGUGCGACCAAUGCCAAAGGACAACCCCUAAGAGGAAAGUAGGAGUCGCUCCUCUGGGCAACAUGCCUUUGAUCCAUACACCUUUUGAAAGGGUCGCUGUUGAUUUAAUCGGGCCAUUUUCACCAAAGUCGGACCGCGGGAACCGAUACGUUCUUACGUUAAUCGACUUCGCGACUCGUUAUCCAGAUGUUGUGGCACUCCCUGCAAUCGACGCAGUUCAUGUUGCAGAAGCGCUGAUCGAGAUCUUUUCUCGCGUCGGCUUGCCAAAAGAAAUAGUCACGGACCAAGGAGCAAGCUUUACCUCAGAAUUAAUGAAAGAGGUGAGUCGAUUACUCUCAGUGAAGCUACUCAAGACGACACCCUACCAUGCGAUGGCAAAUGGUCUCGUCGAGAAGUUUAACGGCACUCUAAAGAUGAUGCUAAAGAGAAUGUGCCAAGAGAGACCGCGAUCUUGGGACAGAUACCUUGCUCCUCUGCUUUUUGCAUAUAGAGAAGUGCCGCAGGCAAGCCUCGGAUUCUCUCCCUUUCAGCUCAUUUACGGCCGGCACGUUCGAGGACCGUUGACGGUAUUACGAGAACUGUGGACGAACGAGGAAUUGGAUGGAGAAACGCGAACGACAUACACUUAUGUCUUUGAUUUGCGCAAUCGCCUAGAGGAAACAUGCAAGAUCGCACAAGAUCAGCUAGAGAGAGCUCGCGACAAACAAAAAACCUACUACGACAGGAAAAGUCACCCUAGGAAAUUAUAUCCCGGCGACAAAGUGCUAAUUUUGUUGCCAACUGACUCGAACAAGCUUUUAAUGCAAUGGAAAGGACCAUUCCUGGUUAAGGAACGGAAAAAUGACGUUGAUUAUGUAAUUGGAGUUUCUGGAAAGAACAAGAUCUUUCAUAUAAAUAUGCUCAAGAAGUACGAGGAGCGGAAACCUGCACAACCACACCAAGUCUCUGUUGUUGCAGAGGUCCACGAAAGGUCAUCCGAAGGUGACACCAGGGAAGAGGACGAAGUGAAGCAAAUGCCUGUCUUGAGCCUUCAUCGAGCACAGUUUUCUACUGACGUUAAGUUGGCAACAAAUCUUACGGAUGAACAAACUCAGGAAAUGCAGGAGUUAUUUGAAAUGUAUGGGGACAUUUUUUCUGACAUACCUGGGAAAACUGCGCUCUUCGAAUGUUCGCUUCGUCUAACCACUGAUAAACCAGUGCACGUUCCGCAGUACCCUAUACCCCUUGCUUUGCAGGAAAGUGUCGAAAAAGAAGUACAAGAAAUGUUUAAAAUGGGUGUCAUUGAGAGAUCAAAGUCGCCGUACCACGCGCCAAUUGUAGUCGUUAAGAAACCGGACAACACUAUUCGGCUGUGCGUCGACUUCAGGGAACUAAAUAAGAUACUCAUCCCGGAUUGCGAGCCAAUACCCCGUAUUGAUGUAGUACUUGCGUUUGUGGGUCAAAAGAAGUUUUUCUCCAAGUUUGACUUCACUAAGGGAUAUUGGCAAGUACCCAUGUCUACCGAAAGUCGAGAAAAAACUGCUUUCUCCAGCACGUCUGGGCUCUACCAUUUCAUCUACAUGCCGUUUGGUAUUAAAACGGCCCCUGCAGUAUUUGCGCGCCUCAUGAGAUCCGUACUGGGAGGCUUGGCGAACGUCCAUCAUUAUUUCGAUGACGUUGUCGUUGCCACCGACACAUGGCAAGAACACAUAGAUACCCUCAGACAAGUCUUUGAGAAAAUCAAACAAGCCAACCUCACAAUCAAGACAAGUAAAUGCGAAAUAGGAGAGAGCAGCAUAACAUUCCUGGGUCAUCGGAUUGGGAAGUAUAAAGUUGAACCACUUCUCAAAACACUAGACAAGAUUCUUGCUACUAAGCGUCCUACCAACAAGAAAGCCGUGCAGUCAUUUCUUGGCCUGACCGGCUACUACAGGAAGUUUAUCCCGAACUACGCCGAACUGACGAAGCCGUUGACGGACCUUACCAAGAAAGGACAAAGUAGUACUGUUGUGUGGGGCCCCACUCAAGAAGAAGCGUUCACGACACUAAAGAGCAAGCUCAGUGAGGCUCCCAUCCUCCUUGCCCCCAACCUUUCGAAAGAGUUCGUACUGCGCACGGACGCGUCCAACACAAGCCUGGGCGCAGUAUUGCUACAAAUAGGAGACGACCAGGUGCUGCACCCUGUUGCUUACGCUAGUCGUAACUUAUUACCUCGAGAAACUCGGUAUUCGACAAUUGAACGGGAAUGUUUAGCACUCGUUUGGGCUGUACAAAAAUUUCGCAUUUACCUAUAAGGCAAGCCUUUUGUUCAGUCAGAUCACCAACCGUUACAGUACUUAAAU